AUGGGAAGAGACACAGUCAUUGGAUUAGUGGGGAAACCUUCGAGUGGAAAGUCCACGACAUUAAACUCCCUAACAGAUGCCAAUGCUAAAGUUGGAGCUUUCCCAUUUACAACUAUUGAUCCAAAUAAAGCCACUGGAUAUUUAGAAAUAGAUUGUGCAUGUGCCCGGUUUGGGAAGCAGAACCUUUGUAAGCCUAACUAUGGAUACUGUCGAGAUGGUAAACGUGGUGUACCCAUUAUGUUAUUAGAUGUGGCAGGACUUGUACCCAAUGCUCAUUUGGGUCGAGGUUUGGGGAAUAAGUUCCUUGGAGAUUUAACCGAAGCUGAUUGCUUGAUUCAUAUUGUUGAUGCCAGUGGGACUACCGAUGCUGAAGGUAAGGCUACCAGAGGUUAUGAUCCUAUAAAUGAUAUUGAAUGGCUUCAAGAAGAGAUUUUCUGUUGGAUCUUAGGAAAUUUAAUGGAUAAAUGGCCUCUGGUGGUUAAAAGACAUAUAGCUACCAAAUCCACUACUUUAGAAACAUUAAGAGCUCAAUUGGGAGGUUAUUCUGCUAAUAAACAAUUAAUUGCCAGAGCUUUGGAUUUGGUACCAAACUUACCUCCAUUAAAUGAAUGGGAUAAUGAAUGGAUUGAAAAGGUUGUGAGAUCGUUUAUGAAUGUCAAGUUCCCCACAGUGCUAUCUUUAAAUAAAAUGGAUCAUCCAGAUGCUGAUAAGAAUGUUCUGAAAAUCAUAUUGAAACAUCCUACACUGAAAUGUGUACUAACCAGUUCAAUCACUGAAGUAUUCUUACGGAAAUUAGCUGCUCAAAAAUAUAUCAAAUAUGAUCUGGGUACCGAAUUCGUGGAUACUAUAGAUGAUUUAGGUCCUGAAUCAGGAUUGAAACCUCUAGAUGAUAAGUUAAGAAACAGAAUAGAAAAUAUUCGAGACUUGGUUUUAUAUAGAUUUGGAUCUACUGGUGUGGUUCAACUUCUUCAAGCAGCUGCAGACCUAUUAGAAUUAGUACCUGUGUACCCUGUUCGGAAUAUCAAUUCCUUUGCUGGUGGGUCAGGCGAUGAAGUUUUCAGAGACUGUAUGCUUAUCAAGAAGGGUACACCGGUGAUAAGUGUUGCUCGUAAGAUUAUGGGGGACGUUACUAUUGCUCAUAUUGAAACCGUGGGAGGGAUUAAAGUGGCAGAAGAUGACGUUGUAGAUAAGGGGAAGAAUGAUAUAUUGUCCUUCAAGUUAGUUCCCGGAGGAAGGUGA